AUGUGCAAGAGCAUCCGGUCACGUGAAUCGACGGACCGCCGUCGUCACAAAGGCCGCGCGUUCAUUGGACGAAGUGCCCGUCUGUGCGGCGGCACUGGUCUGUGUGACGCCCACAGUGGGACGUCAGAGGGAGCGUCGAACCUGGAGGGAGGCCGCGCCGUGGGGAAACCGUGGAAGUGUGGGGAAUGCGGGAAGGGGUUUCGAGUCCCCUCUGAGCUGGAGACCCACCGGCGCGGUCACACCGGGGAGAGGCCGUUCUCCUGCCCCGAGUCCGGCAAGGCCUUCAUUGGGUCCUCCAAGCUGCUGAGGCACCGGCGGGUCCACACCGGGGACAGGCCGUACCCCUGCCCCGAGUGUGGCAAGGCCCUUCACCCAGCUGUCCCACCUGCAGACGCACCGGCGCCUCCACACACCAGGGAGAGGCCUCUCACCUGCCCCGGGGGCGGCAAGGCCUUCAAUCGAUCGCCGACCCUGCGGACGCACAGGCGCCUUCCCAACGUGAUCGCACGGAGUUGAAGUCUGCAGCGAAUCCCACCCAGGACUGGGGGGGGAUC